CUCUGCCAGCUAUUCGGACUUUGGUUGUCCGACAACAUCUCGACCGCCGUUCCAACCAGUAAUUGUCAUCCCUCCCAUCCCACUCUCCCACCACGCAACCCUCCCCUUCCAAUGGCGACUGCAGUAAAAGCGGGCUUCGCCCUGCAUUCGGACAACGUCGGUCUAGCCCGCGUCGAGGCCAGCCCGGCCGGUUCGGCCGAAGUGGUCAAUGAUUUGUUGCAGAAGAACCACGAGAAGUGGCACAUGUACUUCCGCGACGUUGCCGGCCACAACCACAUCCCGCAUGCCGUCCUCAGCACCCUCGCCAUGGGCGGGGGUCCGCAGGAGCUCCGGCGGGCAUACGACGACGGCGAGGACAUCCAACGGCCCAUGCCGCCGGUGGACCCCCAGGCCGUCAAGGAGAUGAGCAACCCAGCCAAGUUCCGCGAGCGCAUGCAGACCCUCGACGAGUACCCCAACUUCCUAACCUUCUUCAAGAACGAAAUCGCCGCCAACAAUGGCAACUGGCAAGAUGUCGUCAAGACACACUGCUUCGCCCGCACCGAGCUCGCCGACCUCAUGCUGGCCCAACUGUUCGAGGGCCUGUACCACCCCAUCAUCCACAUGGGCUUCGGCGUCGAGUUCGAGCUCGCCCCGCUCGUGGCCGAAGGCCUCGCCCAGGCCGCCAGCCACGACCCCAUGUACAUCGACGUCUUCUUCCAAAAGGCCGAACAACUCGCCGCAUCCGGCACCAUCCCCCCCGCCCCGCUCGCCGCCCUCUACCGCGAGGCGCGCACCACCGACGCCAUCCGCACGGCAGCGCGCCUGCCCGACGGCCCAUGGAAAGUACGCGACGGCGUGCUCGGGCGGGCGAUGGAGCCCGUGGUGCAGCUGGCCGCGCGGUUCCAGGUGCCCGCCACGGAGCCGGCGAUCGAGCGCGCCACGGCCGAGAUGAUCAGCUGCGCGGCGUGGGCGUGCGCCGCGGCGCACCAGCCGGGCAAGCAGCGCAAGAUCGACUUCUUCAUGAUGCACGCUGUGACGAGCUCCAUCUUUGUCAGCGUGCUGAACCGGCAGGGCUGGUUGAGACUCGAGGAUAAGGCCCGUGUGGUGGAGUGGAAGACGCGGCUGGAUCUGGUCUGGUAUGCGGCGAGCGCGGCGCCGGAGCUGCGAGAGGAGUAUAUGACCGCGUAUGAGCCCACUCUGAGCAAGGGUAUGGGCUGGGCGGAGCUGUACCGUGCUCUGAACCAGCAUCAUGAUGAUGGUCAUGUGGCUAAGUUCGUGCGUGCUAUCAAGAAUGGCGAGGAGGCGGCUAGGCCGUUUGAGGAGGAGUUGGAGCAGCUUAACGGCAGUGCACCUGCUGACUCGCUGCCGGUUAGGGGUGAGCUUUGGUUAAAGAUUGCUCAGAUGUGUUAUGACUCUACUGUCAUGUAUGUGGAUGGCCAGUCUAAGUGGGUUUGGGGGGCUGGUUUCCCGCCCAUGUGGGACAAGGUCGCUGCUGAGUGAGGUUGGAGAGGGCAUGUUCCAACUGUACGAGUUCCGCAUUUCUCUCUGUUGUACGUCCGAUAUCUAGCCAAAUCUGAGAAAUAUGAAAAAUAGAAGAACAUGGGCUGCCACCAAGUGACGAGCCCCGGGGUACGUUUUCUCAACAACAAGCAA